GUCAAGAAGGAAAUAGCAAACAGGAAGCCAGGACAGGUGGGUUGUUAUCUUCUCCACAUAAACAAGACCGCACUUGGAGCUGAAUCUAAAGAUGCCAGAGAGGGGAAGACACCAUCAGAGUAAUGAGUACAGAAGCAGGGAUAAACACUAUUCACACAAUCGAGACUACUCUGGGUAUGAUGUCGAGGACAGAGGCUCUGCAGGUGACCGGAGGGCCAGAGAAAACAUGCAGAGGGACGUGACUCCUGCCUCACACAAGGAGGCACCUGCUUACAGAGACUAUGGGCACGAAGGAACCUCAAGAUGGCCCAGAGAGACUUCAAUGAAUCUUUCUGAGAGGGAGAAUUACGAGCAACAACUGAGACCGACUCUUUACAAUUUCAGAUACAUCUUAAGCAGCAGAGGUCUCAUUCAGCUUGGAGAGAUAUUUGUGAACCUGCUUAUCAUAAUCUGUGCCGGAGUGCCAUAUAGCAACAAUGGGGGUUACCGUGACCUGGCCAGCCUUGGAGGAAUCUACUAUUAUCAGUUUGGUGGAGCCGGUGCCUUCACUGGAGCCGAUGCACAGAAAGUGCAGGAGCUAGACCGGCAAUUCCAUCAGCUCAAGCGGCCUCCAUACAUCUUCGCCAUGGUGGUUGGUGGAAUUUUACUGAUCUAUGCCUGUGUCAUGCUGGGCCUGGGGAUUUUCAGAGUCCCUUUCCGCUGCCCCCCUGUGCUGCUUGUGGAGGCUAUACUGAAUUUCCUGAUCGGCCUAGGUUACAUCCCCGGAAUGGCCAUCUUCUUUAUUAAACUGAAGGAAGUCUAUGACAGUCCCAUUUGUAAGGAGAGGGAGCAGAUGUACCAGAGCAAAGGGCACAAAGGGUUUGAGUGCCAGUACCAUGGUGCAGAUAUUGCAGAGGGACUGUUUGGGGUGUUGGGGGUGCUUUGUUUCAUCUUUUGUGCAGUGUUAGCUGUCAAGGCUUUUAGGUCAGUGCGAGAGCUGAAGAAGCAAAGAACCAUCGAGGGCAAUGAUUUUUAAGCUGACUUUUCUCGUGUUCAUAAAUGAACAAAAGUAGGAGUGAGGAAAAAAAGUCACUUUGACAGGAAAGUUUUUCAUCACUCUCAUCAGGUGUUAUUUGUAUAUGAGCUGUUUACAUAGUCCUGUGCUUUGAGUGUUGUUUUUGUUUUGUUUUUUAAAUUUACACAUUUAAUCUUUUUUUUUUUUAAUUCCUAAAAUUUUCCCCUUUUAUAUACCUGUUUACUGUGUCUGUCAGGGUUUCUAUGAAGGUGUAGUUAUAUUAAACAUAGUAUAUUAAACAUAUAAUAUUACAUUGGUUAUUUGUUAUUGCAUUUAUACAGAAAAAUAGCUGAACAUGGAUAUAAAAGGUUGAACCAGGUUGAAGUGACUUUCUGAAUCCAAAUGUCUGAUAUUUUAAGGGGAAAACGAGUUUAGUGUCAAAUGUCAAAUUAUUCAAGUUCAUUUGACUGCUUUGUUGUGUUUUUAAAAAAAAUUUUUUUACAUAAUUUGUUCAUUUUUGAAACCCUUUUAAUACUCAGUUUGUUCUUCUUACAUCACCCACAAGAGAGAGAGUAAACUAGGAGUUUAUCAAUUUAAAAUCUGUUCUCAGAAUUUGUCAACCUCUUUGCCUGAGUUUAGGAUGUCACUCUGAGCUUCUCCAAUAGAUGGCAUCUACUAUGAUUAGAAAUUUACAAACAUGGAACACUGCAUACAAUUCCACAGCAGCGGUCACUGUUUCUUCUGUUUUAUUUUGCUGAUCUGAGUACUGAACAGGACAGUACAUCUGUGGAAGCCACAUAACCUGCCAUUUUGAGGGUGGAAUUAAGGGAAGAAAAAGUAUGCUUAAAAAGUGCCUUGAAGGCAACUGUUGCUGUGAUUUGGUGCUAUAUGAAUAAAAUUGAAUACACUGAAUUUAAUCACUUUUAUUGAUGUAGUGCCAUUUUAUGACAACGCUCACCUUAAGGUGCUUAAUAUUUAGAGGUAAAUACCUACAAUAUUAAAUAACCCCACCAAUCAGAUCAUGUCCUCUGAGCAGCACUUGGCAACGAUGGGAAGGAAGAAUGCCCUGUUAACAAGAAGAGACCACUAGCAACAGAGAAGAGAAAAUAAAGAAGAAUACAGAGAGACAAGGAGAAAACACAAACUAUGGGAGAAAGUAAACAAAAGUUAUAUAUGUGCUAUAUUACAGAACGAGGGUAGAAAAUGCUCAGUUCAUGAUGGGAAGUCCUGCAGGAGUCUGAGCCUAUAGGAGCAUAACUAGGGGAUGGUUCAGGGUCACCUGAUUCGGCCCUAAUUAUAAGCUUUAUCAAAAAUUAAGGUUUUAAGCCUAAUCUUAGAAGUAGAAAGGGAGUCCAUCUCCUGAAUCCAACCCCCUUGGGGGGGUCACUCUUUUCAGUCUGAGUGAAUAGAUAACAUAUCACCAGCAAACCUUAUUACUUACAUCGAGAACACUGUUGUUUGUAUUACAAGUUUUUGGAAAUUUAUUGUUGAAAUAUGCAAUUGAGAACUUAUAACAGAAAUCUUAAUAUUGGAUAAAGCCACAUUCAGUAUUCAUUUUGCUGUUUUUAUUACUCUAUAAAUCUGAAAACACUGUGAACAACCAAAAGUGGCUUUUGGAAUAGAAUGUUCUCCAAAUUAGACUAUGAACAACAUAAACAAAGCCCUGUGCAAAAACUUCAGAAUGAUGACAGGAAUCAAACUGAAACACUUGUGCGUUCUUUUAUGUAAGCGGAGUGAAUGACGUGAGGAUCUCUGGUUGGAGUAUGAGAAUAAAACUCAUACAACCUUCUACAUUUUUUUCCGAUUAUAACACAGUUACAUAAACACUAAAAAAAAAAAAAGAUUUCACCAUGUAAUUUCCUCGGUUGAGUGCUAACAUUUACACACAUAUUCUGGAUUCUAAGUUUUGUAUAUGCAAAUUUGCAGAGAUGUCAAACUGUUGUAAAAUAAAUAUGUUUUUACUGCAGACAUUCUAUAUCUUUCUGACCCAA